GUCCAAUCGCGUGCAGCAUCUUUUUCCCAAGUCAGCCAGCCAGUCGUAAAUCUGCUGCUGCUCUAAUCGGACGUAACUUUCUCGCUAGGAUCGAAUCCUGCCGUGCCCGUAGUCCUUUCUUGCUUGGGUUCAGUGAAACUGAUAACUGUGUGAUUUGCUGUAGUGUGGCGGCACUGGCCAGUGGUGAUAAGCCGUUGGAAAAGCGUUAAGUUGUUAGACUUCAGCUCUGAUUUGGAGACCCCAGUGCAAUAAGGCGGCGCCAUGGUGUCCCUUCGGGUGGGACUAGUUUUGCUAGUGCUCGCCCAGUGCUGUUGGGCAUGCAGUAAAGUUCCGGUGUUCAAUGGCCGUGCAGUGAGCAAAGAGAAGAAAUCUGGUGAUAACGGAUAUCGACUGGCCGUACGGAACGACCCCAGUGGUUACGAGCCGGGCAAGAUCUAUAAUUUGUUCCUUGUCGGUUCCCGGACACACGUCAAGCUCCAGCAGUUCACGCACUUUAUGCUGACAGCCCUGGCCACCACCGGAACGGCAAAAAAUGCUCGCACGUUCAUUGCCGGGCCGAAACGGGUCGGUCGGUUUCAGCUGUUCAGCGAUUCACUGACCAAGUUCUACGACCACUGCGUCAACACGGUCACCCAAGCGGAUGAUUUCCCCAAAACGGAGAUACAGGUUAUGUGGGUGGCACCGGCCAGCGGCUCCGGAUGUGUAAGCCUAUCGGCCAUGGUGUUCGAAGGGGAGGAUUCAUGGUACUCGGACGACGGCGCAUUGACCAAGGUGCUCUGCGAGAUCAAACCUGACCCGAAAGCGGUCAAAGGCGAAUGCUGUGCGUGUGAUGAAGCUAAGUAUAAUUUCGUGUUCGAGGGAAUAUGGUCCAACGAGACGCACCCGAAAGACUUUCCGUUCGCCGUAUGGUUAACUCACUUUUCGGAUGUCAUUGGAGCUUCGCACGAUACGAAUUUUUCGUUUUGGGGUGAGAACCAUAUUGCUACCGAUGGUUUCCGGUCGUUGGCCGAGUGGGGUUCGAUUCGUCAGUUGGAACAAGAACUGAGAGCCAAAGGUCCACGACUGAGGACGUUGAUCAAGGCUGCUGGACUGUGGUAUCCCAGGGUGAACUCGAAUACGACAUCGAACUUCCGGGUGGAUAGAAAGCAUCAUAAGGUCUCAUUGGCGUCCAUGUUUGGUCCGUCACCGGAUUGGGUGGUUGGAGUUAGUGGAUUAGAUCUUUGCAGCGAAGAUUGCACCUGGGUGGAGUCGUUAGAUGUUGAUCUGUUCCCAUGGGAUGCGGGUACUGAUAGUGGAAUAAGCUACAUGUCUGCGAAUGCCGAAACUCAACCAAGAGAGAGGAUGCACCGAAUCACAACGUUGUAUCCAGAGGAUCCUCGGGCUCCAUUCUAUAACUCAAAAUCGAAGGAUAUGAUUCCAUUGGCCAGGGUUUACUUCCGUCGGGAGAAGGUUAUUCAUAGAAACUGCGAUGAUGAGUUUCUUCAGGCGCAGGUACUGGAACUCGCAGAGAACACUGAAGAAGCCAGUAGACCUGAAUGUGAGACAACUGGGUACAGUGAAUGGACUCCUUGUUCGGUAACCUGUGGAAAAGGAAUUCACAUGAGAACACGGGAGUAUCUGAAACCCGAACAGGCUGCGCGGUUCCAGUGCAACAGGCAAUUGAUUUCGAAGGAAAUGUGCGUAGCAGAUGUUCCAGAGUGUCCAGAGGGACACGAAUCAGAAGACAGCUCGGAGGAUAUUCGUAAGACAGCCGCGGCAGUCGAUGAUGAUGGCGAAGGUAUAGGAGUGUGCAAGACUACGAGAUGGAGUGAAUGGUCGGAAUGUUCGGCUAGCUGUGGAAUUGGAGUCAGCAUGAGAACUAGGACUUUCAUUAAUCACAUGGGUCGGAAGAAGUGUCCACAUAUCAGUGUUGUUGAAAAAGAGAAAUGUAUGCAACCGGAGUGUACGCUGACGGACGCAGAGGUUCCAGAUUCGAUGUGCCCAACAACUGUGUGGAGCGAUUGGAGUCCGUGCAGCACAACCUGUGGGAAGGGAGUUAAGAUUCGCACUCGCCUUCUGUUGGUUGGUCCAGAACUACAGGAAAAGUGCUCUCAAAGGUUGGAACUGAAUCAACAAAGGCCGUGUACGGAGAAAGCCGAUUGUUCGCUUGAUAUGUCCACUGCGAGGGAAAUUUGUGCCUUAACUCCAGAAGCUGGUCCGUGUAGAGGCAAGUAUCAGCGUUAUGCGUACGAUAGUGAGAGAGAUACAUGCUUACCGUUCUUCUAUGGCGGUUGUCGUGGAAAUCGUAACAACUUCCUGACGAUUGAGGAUUGUCUUCAAACCUGCCGAAUUACUAGAGAGCAAUCAUCGAUUCGUGACCAACAACGUCAUCCAACUACCGGUCCCAAUCGCCACGCACAUGAUCUAGAAGCAGGAUUACCGGUCGAUUGCGUCCUCUCGGAUUGGACGGAUUGGAGCACGUGCAGUGUGACUUGCGGAACGGGACGAUCGGAACGCUAUAGGAAUGUGGUGGUUGCUGCACGGAACGGAGGCCAACCGUGCCCCAGUAAGCAAAUCAAACGACGAAAGUGCACUGGACCUCCGUGCCCUUGAGGAAAUAGAGAUUGAAGUUAGCCGAAUAUAAUAGUUGACAAGUUUCGCAAACUACUCAAAGCGAGUCUCGUUCAAAAAUACUUAGUUCCCUGUAGAAUUAGAUGGCAGCAUUGAUGACAUUCAGAUUGAAUUUUGAGUUUUAAAUAAAAUAUACUAAAAUAACUGCGGCAUUGUA